UUGUACUUAACAAAUUAAACUAAAAGAUAAUGGAAGGGUUUGAGGAAGAAUUAGAAGAGCCUGUGAGUCCUACAGGACAAUAUUUGAAUAGCUCCUCAUUGUGUGUAUACAUUCUUGGUAUGAUAAAUUUUGAAGUUCCAAUAGAUGACAUACCAGCACUGUCACUUCUUCAAGAAAAAUUCAUUCCCACGAACACACGUUUCUCCUCCAUCAUGAUUGAAGACAAAAACGGAGAGAAAAAAUGGAAGAAAGUUGAAGUAAAAUUAGAAGAACAUGUUAAAACUCCUAUAUUUCCAAGUAGCAAAUCAUCACUCUAUGAUGAACAUUUUGAUGAGUAUAUGUCAAAACUAGCAAUGGAACGUUUACCAGAAGAUAGACCACUUUGGGAAGUUCACCUUAUUAAGUACCCUACAAAAAAUGCAGCUGGUAGUGCAAUACUCAAACUUCAUCAUGCACUUGGAGAUGGUUACUCUCUCAUGGGUGCUCUUCUUUCAUGUUUUGUAAGAGUUGACAAUCCCUCUCUUCCAUUCACACUCCCUUCAACUCAAACACCUAAAUCAAUUUUCAACAAUAAAGACGUUUUUAAGAAUUAUAUUUUCUCUAUUUUCUCCAAUGUAUUUAACACUAUAUCGGAUUUUGGAUGGAGUGUUUUAAAAAGUAGUUUGGUUAAAGAUGAUUUUACACCAAUAAAGUCUAAUGCAAAUGAUACUAAGCUUCUACAAAUUACCGUAUCAAGUAUCUCGGUCACUAUGGAUCACAUCAAAGAAAUAAAAUCAAGACUUGGAGUGAGCAUAAAUGAUGUGCUUGUUGGCAUAAUUUUCCUUGGAAUUCGGUUAUAUAUGCAAGAAAUGAAUAAAGAUUCAAGCAAAUAUAAGUCGACAGCAUUGGUGUUGAUGAAUACAAGAAGUAUCAAAGGUUAUAAGUCAAUUAAGGAGAUGGUUGACAAGAACAAUAAGAAUGGUCCUUGGGGAAAUCAAUUUGCAUUUUUGCAUACUCCAAUUCCAGAGCUAAAUGAUACAAAAAUUGAAAAUCCACUUGAGUUUAUAUUGGAAGCUCAUGAAGAGAUUAAUAGGAAGAAAAAUUCUUUGGGUGCACCUCUAACUGGCUUGCUUUUAAAUGUUAUGAAGAAAUUGAGAGGCCCAGAGGCUUCAGCUAGAUAUAUAUACAACACUAUAGGAAAUUCAAGCCUAACAAUUUCCAAUUUAGUUGGACCAAUGGAGCAAAUGACUGUGGCUAACUAUCGAGUAAAUAGUAUAUACCAUAUUGUUACAGGUGUACCAAAUAGUAUAUCUGUAUCAAUCUUAAGCUAUAUGGGAAUGUUAAGAAUUACAUUUGCAUUGGAGAAAGACUUUUUCGACAAAGAAAAAUUCAUGUCGUGCAUUGAGAAAUCUCUUCAAUUGAUUGAAUACAGCAGCAAAAGAGAUGUCACAAUAAAAUCAAAGGAAACUUAGUUCCACUACAUUCUUAAAGAAACCAUAUAAGGUUUAUACAAUUGUAAUGUUUAUGUGUGCUAUGUAUGUUUUUUAUUUUAAAUUAGACUUUAAAUGUGUGGUGGAUAAGUUAUAUAGUUUUAACGAGGAUAUGUUUGAAUUAGGUGCUAUUUUAUUUAUAUUUAUCUGAUUUAAAAAAAUUUAUUGUUGACUUUGUUCGAAAACA